CACUCAUUUUUAAAGCAUUGCUUCCUCAGCAAUCCGAAACGAAACGUAUCCUUUUGGAAUCGCCAACCGCUACUUCUCCGUUCUUCCCGUUCUUCCCUUCCACCAGCCAUUGAAUGGCAUCCUCUGCUUCUUCUCAAUUUAAACCAGAAGACGACGAAUCGAAACUGGAUGAUUUGGUCUCCGAACUCCACGCCUUGAAGAAGCUAUAUGGCCUUCUGCAAAAUAACAGCGCCAGGCCCGCUCGACCCGAUCUGCCCACUGUUGAUAUGUUGGAUGAGAAAUCGAGGCGUCUCUUGAGGAAGCUGCUCGAUGGCGCAACUCAGCAAGCUCUUCAGUUUCAAGCAAAGAAAAUUUUCUGCACGCCUGAAUCACUAAAAUCGCAAGCGCAGCUCAACACAAGUGCUUCUAAUAAUGACCUCCAAAAGAAGGCUCCAGAGGCCAAAAGAAACCAAGAACGCGAACCCACACUGCCACCUGAAAGUUCGCCGGAGGCUGCGAAAUCCACUCCAGGGGCCCAAACGAAAAUAACUCACAGUCCAUGUCCAAUAACCGAGCCUACUAGCCACAAGCAUCGGCGAUCCGAAUAUGCGACAGUCCUCCGCAGCCGAGCCAACGAUUCGGCUAGUCUCGACCGCCGUAUAAUGAGGAAGUCAGUUCAGCCAUCUGAAAAAGGUAGCCGCCGUGUACUGUCGAUAAGAAGUGGCGGCUCAGAUCUUCCACCAAGUUCAGAGAAAGACGGCGAGGUUCUUGCUAUGGUUCCAGUCCAGAAGCGUGCGCGGGUCGAACCGUUAGAUCUUCCGAGCCGAGCCACCCUCCAAACUCAAAAACCGGAUCAGGACGACCGCGUCUUGACUCAUCAGAAAAGGGCCAGUAGAAAGCAACUGGGGCCUGAACCGAGCAGUAUCAGAACCAUGCAGCGUACGCAUAGUUCAAAGCGCCAAAGUUCAAGAAGUUUAAUACCAUCUGGAGAUCGGAUUGUUCAGAGGAAUGAUCAAUUGCCAGACAGUAAAACCAGAGUCACAUCCAAUAAACAUAAAAAACAGGGUCGGCUAAACAGGUCGAAGGCCAACACAUUAUCUUCGUCAUCAAAAGAAUCGACUGAAUCUAUUUCAGAUUCGACCCGUUCCACCACGUCCAUCCCAUUGAAUCUGCAAAAGCAUAAUAAGAUAAAGACAAAGACGAACAUAGCGCCUCCGCCGCAGCCGCCGCAACCAACACUAUCGAACCGCAUAGCACGGAGAUCACAAAGCCGUCACCUUUCUUUCCGUUCUCAAACGACUCCGACUGUUCAAGGAAAUAAACAGUCCAUAGAGAACAAAAGCCGGGCUAAAAAGCCUAUCAAACCUGCCCGCCCAAACCGUUCAAGGGCACGGAGGCGUUGCUCAUCCUCGUCGAAUUCAACACGGUCAACCCAGCCCGGCCUGUUGGAUCUGAGAAAGCAGAGCAGAGGAAGGACAAGAGGAAGAAGAGGAGUGCCGCCUCUUGCUUCACUGAAGCCCCCUAUUCCUCACCAUCUGGCUGCAUCUAAAUGGAAGCCACCAACCUCCCGGUCUGCAAGAACCCGAAUGGAGAAGAAGCAAAAGGAGGAAGAGAACGAGCAUGGAAAGAUUAAAAAGUUGUCAAACAAACUUGCCAUCAUUUUCCAUCACCAUCAUCACCACCACCACCACCUUCACGCUGGAGAAGACGACGAAGGCGGUGGCGGUGGCAACAAAGAUCAUGAGAAGUCUAUAUGGAAGUAUUUAAAGGGGUUUCUUCAUGUCAAUAAAGGAAGUGGUGUGCAGCAGGGAAAACUGCAUGGGCAUAAUUUUCGUGUGUUGAUGGGGUGGUUUCUUCAUCAUUUAUGGUGGACGAGACAAAGACGGAGCAAGAAAGUGGAGAGGCCGAGACUAGCAAAGAAGGUGAAGUGGUGGGAUUGGUUUAGGAGGAAAAGAGGGGUUGCAGUCGGCGAGCGACCGAAGCUGCGGCUAGGGCUUAAAGGUUCUCACCGGCGAGCUGGCGAGCGGAAGGAAUGAAGGAGUUUUCCACUGUUCCUCAUUUGUGAUACUUGCUUUUAUUUUCGGACAAGGGCACGAUUUUAUCAAAAGGAGGACAAUCUUCUAAACA